UGGGGAUGCCUUCGCUUAUGGGUGCUUAUGGCUUAUGGCGCUAUUUUCUUUGAUUUGAUCGUUAGAUCUAGAUCACGCAAGAUGAAAUAUACAAAUGAACGAACACAGAUUUUUUGUUAUGGUGAAUUUUGUAAUAACGUUCGUCUAAAUUGGUUAUGAAUGAUUUCGGCUUCACUACUAGCGAAAUUAUAAAUACCUAUUUAUAAUUUAAGUAUUUUGUAAGAAGCUUUUUGUUGAAUGUGACAAACAGGUUAGUUAAUCAUUUUGAAAUCAGUCUAAAGAUAAAAUAAAAUCAAUCUUACUCAAAUGAAGUCUAGUGCAAUAGGUUGGAAAAUAAUACCAAAUGCUGUUGCAAGCAGAAUGAUAGAUUUCUCUUUAGUACAUAAAUUGGUACCAUCUAAGAAAAUAUAUCGUAGAUGUAAGGCUAUGAAUAUGGUACUUAGACGACGUCGCUUGAAAACUUAUAGUAGAUAUGUUAAACUGAAAACUGCUAUUCUUCGAAAAUUGCCAGAUGAUGACGAAACAGACGUCAGUGAUUAUUUCAGUGAUAAUGAUUAUAGUACUUUGUAUAAUUCCGCUUUAUCUUUGAAAAAAUAUAAACAAACUCAGAAGAAAAAUCAAGAUUAUUUUCGUAAAAGAAAGCUUGAAACUGAUGAAAAUGACAUUGUACAUCAUACAACAAACAAAAAAGCUGUAACACAAAAAGUAGAAAGUGACGAUCCUGAAGGUACAAACUUAGGCUGGCAAGAAGUUAAGAAGAAAAGGAAAAACAGUUUAAAUGACAUCAAUGAAAACAUUUCGCAUACAAGCCCAAUUGAAACUCAAAGACUAGCUGCUCAUAAAGAUGUUGAAACUAGUUUAAAAACAGCCAGUACUAAUGAAAAUUCUAUAAUUUCUCUUAAAAAAAGUUCUUUGAUCCAUCAGUCAGAUGGAAAUCACCAUUGUGAAACAUUUAAUAUCCCUGAAAUACAGGCAGUGGAAGGGAUUAAAAAGAAUUUGACACCUCUAUUAGAUGAUAUCGGUGAAACAAAGAAUGAAAUGAGUAACUCUUCUGCAAAUAUAAAAGUAUGCCUGAAUGAAAAUCAUUCUAAUUCAUCUGAGAGGAAUGCAAAUGACCAGGAAACACCUGUAGAUAAAGAUAAAAAUAAUCAAAUUUUAAAUAUUCAACCUUUGCCUCAUGGUAACGUAAAUCAACCAAAAGAUUCAGGGAUUGAAGAAGAUACAGAAGAAGAAGUUUUGGAAAAUAAAUCUAAGAAUCCCAGGGAAAAUGGAGAUAAAGUACAUGAAAUAGUAGAGAAUAUACAAACAACAUCUUCCACUUUGAAUCAAAGAAACAAUUCUAUCAUGCAGAUAGGUUCACCAAAUUCUGAUAAUUAUUUAUCAUUUGAUAAUCACAAUAUAGCAAGUAACAUAGAUUCUAGAGAUAUGAAAAUGUUACUUAAUAAAGAUAAGCCACAACCUAUAGUCACUUGUAUGGAAAUUGUUAACAAAAAGUAUAAAAUAAUAUCACAUGACACAUCGUUAGCCAAUAAUUGUCCAAGUCCAGAAUUAAGUUUAAACGACUUUGAUAAUACAGAGAUGCUUAGAACACAAGAAAUGGUACAAGAUACAGAAGAUAGCGUCUCACCUUCGGUAAACAAACGUUUACAACAAUUAAGAAGAUUAAAUUUAACUGUGGAAAGCGAGUCCGAUCUCAGCGACGAUGAUAACAUAUCCUGUAGCACUAAAAAUAUGAUGGAUGAUUUACUUAGACGUUCUACAGAAUCUCUUGAUACGUCAGAUAGUGAAGAUAAAUCUGUUGAGCUAACAAAGUUAAUUCAGUUGGAUAAGCAAUUGCAGAAGAAUAAAAGUUUCAGAAUAGAAGAUUGCCAAAAAGAAAACACUGUACAAUCAGUUACGAAUAGUGAAAAACACAUGAAAAGUAAAACACACAAAAACAGGGGAAAAAGCAAAGAUGAAGAACCUGAACAAUUAUUACGGUUUAGAGCAUUGAAUGAAAAUUCAUACAAGUCCAAAUCUAAAUGUUCGAUUAAAGAUGAUUUGAAUGCAAAAGAAGUACAUUGUCAAAGCAGUUUAUCAAAGUGUGUAGAACCAAUUACCACUCGUUCUGAUCACAAAGACCACAAUGAAAUGGAGAAAUUCAAUGACGAGAAUCAACCGAUUGGAAACGUAACGCAAGUUUUGAAUGAGGAGAAAACAACAUCAGGCGCUAGGCCAAGCAAUUUACAACAAUUGAUAAAUCAGGAUGGUUUAAUUCAUCAAACAAUGAUACCCUCCUUUAGAUUUAAAGACAUCCACGAAGAUGACAUCUUUAUUUUAGACAUUCCAUCUGUGGCAUUUGAAAAGCAUUUAUUAGGAAAGAAAAUGAUUUUAACUGGAAACAAGUUAAAACUUGGGAAUCAAAAGUAUAAGAUUGAAUAUAAAGAUGUAGGCAAUAUUUCUUGUAUUUUUGGCAGAAGAAAAUCUCAUAAACCAUACGAAAUAGUUAACAUUAAACCUGAAGCAAGAAUCAUAACACGUGAAAAAAUGAAUGCACAUGCGCAUAACAAAAAUUACAUCGAUUAGAAGGAUUUUUAAUUUUGUAUACAUUUAAACAUUAAAAAUAUUAAUGAGUAAAAUAAAUUAACAUAUAGUUAUUAUAAUAAAAGAAUAAAUUACCUCAGGGACAACAGCGUUGUAUUUUUGGAAAAAAAUGCGAUCUCGAUAUUGAAUUAAGAUAAGGUAAGAUAAGGUAACUUCAGCAAAAAGUGAUAUUGAA